GCCCGGUGUACACCUGAACGGAGUCCAUCUCUCCCGCGCGCUUCACGCGGCAACGAAAGGGUCAACACUCGUCUCCAUCACCACGUGACGAGGGGGAGGGACCUCAGCACGGAAAUGAGGAAACGCGGGGAAGAUCACGUGACGGGGGUUGUCCUGUUGUCAUGGGAACGUAUCAACAACCUUCCCGAGAUGAUGGAGAGGCGAACGGAGAAUUACACCUCAUACCGGGCGGACCCGGAGACUGAGAGACGGAGCGAGGAGCUGAGGAUGGAGGCGAGGAAGAAGGAAAUGCUUCAAGCAUCAAUAUCGGAAAUGAAACACACAGUCACCGACCUGGAAAGAAAACUGAACAGUGUGGAAGAUGAAGGUAAUGAGUGGAAAACUAGAUAUGAGACACAAGUCGAGCUAAAUAAACAACUGGAAAGGCAAAUUCAUGCGCUGCAAGAAAAAUCUGAACACAUCCGGGGUAAUCCUACCGAUCGGCUAUCCUCCAUUCGAUCCUAUGACCAGAUGCCUGUGGGUGCCUUAAACCAAUAUCUUAAGCGUCUGGAAGAGGAAAACAUUUUAAUGGAAAAUCAACUCAAAGAUUUUGAACUCCGGAUAGAACAAGAAGCAAAGGCGUACUACAAAGUGAAUGAUGAAAGGAGAAUGUAUAUUUCUGAAAUCUCUCAGACCUCCGCCGCUCAAGACGCCGUCAGGAAACAGCCGAGCGAUCCGCCGCACGUCACAAGGGACAAGCAAGCACAUAAAGGUGUAUAUAAGGUUUUCUCCAAGCAAAAUGCAGCAAAUAAAAAGAAAGACACUGCCCGAAAGACAACAAAGCCGAGUAAUACUCCUAAGAUGAAACAUUAACUUGUCAACAGCCAUACAGUGUAAAGGUACAGCGCUCCCAUGCACCUACAUUUAUUACUGCUCCAUUUUCACAAUUCCCAACAUCUAGUUCUAAUACAAAUUCCCUGUUAGGUCAGUCAGGGUCACUACUGUAUUUCAGGAAUGUGAAAUGUCAGAAUAAUACUAAAGACAAUGAUUUAUUUCAGCUUUUAUUUCUUUCAUAACAUUCCCAGUGGCUCAGGGGUUUACAUACAAUACACAUGGUUAGUAUUUGGUAGCAUUACCUUUACCUUGUAUAACUUAAAGGGAUACUCCGGUGGAGAAAAAAAAAUUCAAAAUCAACUGGAGCCAAAAAGUUAAACAGAUUUGUAAAUUACUAUUUAAAAAUCUCAAUCCUUCCAGUACUUAUCAGCUGCUGUAUACUACAGUUCUUUUCUUUUUGAAUUUCCUUUCUGUCUGACCACAGUAGUAAAAUAAUUUUUUAUUUUAAUUUCAUUGUUACAUUUUUAAUAAAACAUUUUGCAUAAUAUUCAUCCGCCUUUGUCUUUUCAUAUCAUUGUGU